UUCCUCCCUGAGCCGUGGGACUUCGGGGCUCCCGGCAGCUCCUCUUAAUCGGGGCUGGCGGGAAGCGGAGGGCCCAGCUGCACCCUCACGCCACCUCCAGGGCCAUGCCUUUCUGCCGCCUUUCUGCGUGGUCCUCACAACCAGUACCGUGGUUCCCUAGCACGGCCGUUGCUGACUUCCCACAGGCUGCUAUGGCAUUCCCUCACCUUCAACAGCCCAGCUUUCUCCUGGCGAGCCUGAAAGCCGAUUCUGUGAAUAAGCCCUUUGCACAGCGUUGCCAAGACUUGGUGAAAGUCAUUGAAGAUUUUCCAGCCAAGGAAUUGCAUGCCAUCUUCCCGUGGCUGGUGGAGAGCAUCUUUGGUAGCCUGGAUGGUGUCCUUGUUGGUUGGAAUCUCCGAUGCCUCCAGGGGCGUGUGAACCCUGUGGAGUUCAGCAUAGCAAUGGAAUUUCUAGACCCAAGUGGUCCCAUGAUGAAGUUGGUUUAUAAGCUUCAAGCUGAAGACUAUACCUUUGACUUUCCUGUCUCCUGCCUUCCUGGCCCUGUGAAGGCAUCCAUCCAGGAGAAUGUCCUCCCCGACAGUCCUCUCUACCAUAACAAGGUCCAGUUUCCUCCCACCGGAGGCAUUGGCUUGAACCUGGCCCUCAAUCCAUUUGAAUACUAUAUGUUCUUCUUUGCCCUGAGCCUCAUCUCUCAAAAGCCAAUGCCUAUGUCCCUCCAUGUUCGUACUUCAGACUGUGCCUAUUUCAUCCUGGUGGACAGGUACCUGUCGUGGUUCCUGCCCACUGAAGGCAGUGUGCCUCCACCACUCUCCUCCAGCCCAGGGGGGUCCAGCCCCUCACCAGCUCCCAGGACCCCAGCCAUGCCCUUUGCCUCCUAUGGUCUCCACACUAGCCUCUUGAAGCGACACAUCUCUCAUCAGACAUCUGUGAAUGCAGACCCUGCAUCCCAUGAGAUCUGGCGAUCAGAAACUCUGCUCCAGGUUUUUGUUGAAAUGUGGCUUCAUCAUUAUUCCCUGGAAAUGUACCAGAAAAUGCAGUCCCCUCAUGCCAAGUUGGAAGUUCUACACUACCGACUCAAUGUCUCCAGCGCCCUCCACAGCCCUGCCCAACCCAGCCUCCAGGCCCUCCACGCCUAUCAAGAGUCCUUCACACCUACUGAGGAGCACGUGCUUGUGGUGCGCCUGCUGCUGAAGCACCUCCACGCCUUUGCCAACAGCCUGAAGCCAGACCAGGCUUCUCCGUCGACACACUCACAUGCCACCAGCCCCCUGGAGGAGUUCAAACGGGCUGCAGUGCCACGGUUUGUCCAGCAGAAGCUAUAUGUCUUCUUACAGCACUGUUUUGGCCACUGGCCUCUGGAUGCAUCCUUCAGAGCGGUCCUGGAGAUGUGGCUGAGCUACCUGCAGCCGUGGAGGUAUGCUCCCGAGAAGCAAGCUCAGAGCAGUGAUGCCCAGCCACGGUCUGUGUCGGAGAAAUGGGCACCCUUCAUCCAGGAAAACCUGCUCGUGUACACCAAACUGUUUGUGAGCUUCCUGAAUCGUGCACUCCGCACAGACCUGGUCAGCCCCAAAAACGCACUCAUGGUAUUCCGAGUGGCUAAGGUCUUUGCCCAGCCCAACCUGACUGAGAUGAUCCAGAAAGGAGAGCAGCUGUUCCUGGAGCCAGAGCUCAUCAUUCCCCACCGCCAGCAUCGUCAUUUCACAGUCACCAGCAGCUUCCUGUCACCAUGGCCCCCAGUUGUGACAGAUGCCUCAUUCAAGGUGAAGAGCCAUGUCUACAGUCUGGAGGGCCAAGACUGCAAAUAUACCCCAAUGUUUGGUCCUGAAGUCCGGACCCUGGUCUUGCGCCUUGCUCAGCUCAUCGCCCAGGCCAAGCAGACUGCCAAGUCCAUCUCUGAUCAGUGUGUGGAAAGCCCAGCUAGCCGUUCCUUCCUGUCAUGGCUGGGUUUUGGCACCACAGACCCAAAUAGCUGCUACCCCUGCAAUGAUCUGGAUGAGAUGGGUCAGGACAGUGUCCGCAAGACAGAUGAGUACCUGGAGAAGGCCCUGGAGUACCUGCGCCAGAUAUUCCGACUCAGUGAAGCCCAGCUGGCCCAACUCACGCUUGCCAUGGGGAACGCACAGGAUGAGAAUGGGAAGCAGCAGCUACCAGAUUGCAUUGUGGGGGAAGAAGGACUCAUCCUUACACCCCUGGGCCGCUAUCAGAUCAUUAAUGGUCUGCGAAGGUUUGAAAUUGAGUACCAGGGGGACUUAGAGCUGCAGCCCAUCCGGAGCUACGAAAUCACCAGUCUGGUCCGAGCACUCUUCCGACUGUCCUCUGCCAUCAACCGCAGAUUUGCAGGCCAGAUGGCAGCUCUGUGCUCCCGGAAUGACUUCCUUGGCAGCUUCUGUCGUUAUCACCUCACUGAGCCAGCCCUGAGCAACAGACAUCUGCUGAGCCCUGUGGGGCGGAGGCAGGUGACCAGUCCUGCCCGGGGCCCCAGGCUCAGCCUGCGUUUCCUGGGCAGUUACCGGACGCUGCUCCUGCUCCUGAUGGCUUUUUUUGUGGCCUCUCUGUUCUGUAUUGGACCUCUGUCCUGCUCCUUGCUCCUGGUCCUAGGCUACCUCCUCUAUGCCAUAGCUAUGACACUGCUCACCGAGCGGGGGAAGCUGCACCAGCUCUGACCUGCUGGCCAUCUCUCCUGAGCAGACUUGUGGGAGUCGAUACAUGACCUGUUCCUGGGCCUGAGAGACCCUGGAAGGUUGCUUCAAAGCCAGGAAUAGAGGGGUAGGUCAUCUUCAGAGUUCUUGGGAGUGGUGUUCCUGCAAAGAGAGAGUUACUCAGAAGAACCUAAAGUAGGAAGGGAGAGUGUUCCAGGCUAGGAAUGUAAGGGAUGAUGCCAGAAAGCUCAGGGGCCGUUCUGUAGGACAAUCAGUGCUGGCCAUGGGUCCUCACCUUCAGCCCACAAGUGACUAAGCUAGUAAUGAAGGCCUUGGUAACCAUUUUACUGUUUUGCUGUGCAGAACUCAGGAGCUAGUGUGCUUGCAGCAGGCUCUAAGCCUGAGCUCUGUGGGAACUGGUCCUGCCCAGGCCUCUCUGUGAGGUAGGCACAGUGCCACAUGGCAGGCAAGCGUCGAAGAUGGCCACUGGUCCUCAGCCACUUGGGGAUGGAGUUGGGUCCUUCCAGCUUCUGUGGACACAGUGCAACAGUGUUGGAUUCACCUGUAAAACCAAGGACUUCUAGGGAAGGUCACCUUUGUAGCACAAGGCCUCUGCGAAAGAAGGACACCUUGGCAGUUGAAGCCCAGGCGGCCAAGGCCCCAUCGCCGUCCUGCAGGCGGCACAAGCAGCAGCGGUGUCUCCACGGUGCUUUUAGAGCAGGCCUUUGUUCUGGGUGUGUACAGCUGUUUUUAAAAAACAAAAGAAAACAAAACUUUUUUUUUUCAAGUUUUAACACUGGGCUUUGUAUUUCAAUGUAAUUUCAGAAUACAUCAUGGGACCCAUGACCAAAAGUCAACCCAAAACAUAACUGACCAAGGAUCCGAAUAAACCAUUCUUCGGAGACUUUCACUGGGCUGAAUCUUUAGCACAUUCACCUGCAUGAGGUCCCUGGGCACUCAGGAACCAGGGAGCAAGCUACUGGACACAGUAGCAUCUCUAUCUCGUCACACACAGUUUCUGUCUGGGUGUCCUGUUGCUUCCUUAGUGUGUUAGAUUCACUUUAACUCUGGGCGCCUUGAGAACUGUGACCUUUCAGAGCUGCCUCCUGUCCCUCCAGAACAAGCAUCACCUCUGGUUUCCAGAAGCUUUUUUAAAUUUUAAAGAAUGUUAAUUCUAUUUUAUGGGAGGAAGUGUUGCUUGUGUGUGUGUGCAUCACGUGCAUUGCUGAAGGAGGCCAGAAGAGGUGUCGAUGUGUGCUGGGGAACAAGCCCUGAGUCUUCUGCAGUGUCCGUAUCCAAUUGCUGAGUCAUUUCUCCAGCCCCCAGAAGAGUCAUGAGUGCUGGAUCUAUGCUAGCCAGCUCCAGGCCAGCAUCUUCCCAGGAGGACAGGCCCCUUGUGGGGGCCAUUUGAGUGUCCAGUGUCCCCAAUUCCCCUGGUCAAAGCUUCUGAAUGACUAACCCUUAUCAAUAACCCUGUCUAUCAGUAUUUUUCUUUUUGGGGGGCAGUGGGGUAGGAAAAGGGGGUUUGAGACAGUUUCUCUAUGUAGUCUUGAUUGUCCCAGAACCCCCUCAGUAGGCCAGGCUGGCUUCAGAACUCAGAGGUCUGCCUGCCUCUGCCUCCCAAGAGCUGAGAUUAAAGGUGUGUGCCACCACUGUGCCCAGCAUGACUAUCAAUAUUUAUGAGAUGAGUCUUUUUUAAUAUUUUUUACUCUGACAUUUAUGUAUGUAUGUAUAUGUAUAUAUAGACAAUGUAUUGCUCUUAUCCACCCUGACUACCUCUCCAUGUCCCCUGGAGUGGGGAAAGGGACGGAGUAUGUGCAUAUGUGCCAUGGUUUAUGUAUGGAGGGCAGAGGAAAAGCUGAAGGAAUCGGCUUUCUUCUAUCUCGUGGGUUUGAGGGAUUGAAUUCAGGCUUCCCAUUAAGUUUCUCAUCUGACAUAGUAGCUUCAGUUAUCUACUUGAUACAGCUGGGAAAGGGAACUUGAGCUGAGGAGUUACAUGGGGCACCUUUUCUAGGGGUGGUGCCAUCCCUAGACGGGGACCUAGACAGCCCGGGAGCAAGCCCGUUAGCAGUGUUCCUUCCUUCAUUGGUUUCUGCUUCAGGCUCCUGCCUUGAGUUCUUGUGUUGGCUUCUGCAUGACAGACUAUAACUUGUAAGCUAAAAUAAACCCCUUCUUUCCUA